UGAGAAAGAGAUGGUGGGUUUAUGUACAGAGAGAGAGAGAAAGUGUGUAGAGAGAGAAAGUAAGGAAGAAGGGAGGGGCUUGAGGAUAGAGAUGACAUUAGCAGCAGGGGUGGGCUAUGCCCUUUUAGCCCUCGGCCCCUCUCUCUCUCUCUUCUUCACUCUCAUCUCUAAAAAACCAUUCCUCAUCCUCACUCUCCUCACCAGUUCACUAAUAUGGCUUGUUAGUUUGAUCGUGCUAUCUGCGAUAUGGAGGGGUUUCCUUCCACUCGGAUCUAAGCAAUGGGCUUUUGGAUUGCUCAUAAUUACAUCAGUUAGUUUUCAAGAAGGGCUGAGGCUUUUAUUUUGGAAAAUUUACAAGAGAUUGGAAGAUAUAUUGGAUGCUUUUGCAGAUAGGGUUUCAAAGCCUCGCCUUUUUGUAACAGACAAGAUGCAAAUUGCUCUUGCUGGUGGUCUGGGUCAUGGGGUGGCUCAUGCUGUGUUCUUCUCUCUCAGCCUUCUGACUCCUGCAUUUGGUCCAGCUACAUUUUAUGUUGAUAGAUGUGCUCAAGUGCCAUUUUUUCUCAUUUCUGCAAUUAUUUCUCUGGGGUUUGUUACAAUCCAUACCUUUUCAAUGGUGAUCGCCUUCAAUGGUUAUGCAAAAGGGAAGAAAACAGACCUGAUUUUGGUGCCUGUUAUUCAUAUGGUUGCAUCCCUAGUGACGUUAAUCAAUCUCUUGCCUCAAGGCUGCCUCAUCGGAGUUCCCCUUGUCUACUUCUUAGUCAUUUUCACAGUGUUUCAUUGUGGGAAGGUGGCAUACGAACAACUCUCUGAUAAUUCUAACAGACUGCCGGAUAGAUGAGUGUGAUUCUAUAUCUAAUUUUUGAUAGUAGUAGUUUUUUCUUCAGGUUCAACACCAAAAAUUUGAUUGAUUUCUGAUAUUCAAAGUCAGAAGCUAUUCUGAUUUGUCAUAGACAAGAAAAUUUUUGAUUGAAUGCCUUGAUAUGUGGCUGCUGAUAUUGUGGAUGUGGAUUCCUCAAUUCAUGGUGAUCUUCCAUGUAAUUUAUAGUACUUGUCAAGUCUCAGAUGGCUGUGUUUUA